AUGGACAACCAGAUCAAAGACUUCAGAAACAGCGGUCCCAGCUCUGCGCCUCGAAAGGAAGCCGAGCACCGCAGACCAACAGUGCCGCGGGCGUUAAGAGCCCCGCCUUCCCGGCCGAUCCGCACAGGCCGCGCGCCUGCCGAGAACCCGGCUCGCGGAGUUGCAGACGAGGAAAAGGCCUUCCAGAGGCCAGACGAGCGCCAAGCCCGACCACCGCCCGGCCUCUCACCCCGCUGUCGCCGUUCAGGUCACCCUACACCUCGAGCCCCGCUCCGCCGCGUCCGGACAGCCCGCAGGCUCGAGCGCGCCGCAGCCGCUCGGCGUAUCCGGGUCCACCGGCGCAGGAAGCAGCGGCGCCGGGGCUACGGCAAGCGGAGAGGGACCAGCAGCACCUGUCCUGCAACGCCCGUCACAGCCGUGCGAGGUCGCCUGAAGUUAAAACGCUCCCGUUGGCCGAGGCAAGGGGCGGGGCUAUAUUCAGACUGCGCGUUGGACGGGUCUGGGGCGGAAUCCAGAGAGCUGAGGACUCCCCCAGAGUCGCCUCUGAUGGCCUCAGCUACGCGACUUGGGACCGCUUGGUCCUUAAGAGGAGGAGAGUGCGCGCAAGCAGAAAUGUUUUGCCUGCCUGCCUGUUGGAUCCUCUGGAACUGGAGUUAAGAGAGUUGUGAGCCACUAUCUGGGUGCUGGGAACCCAGGUCCUCUGCAAGAAAAAAUACUCUCAACUGUUAAGACAUCUCAUCUCACCAUGAACUAUAUAACUGCUUGCUUGCCAUUCCAAACAAAUGAAAAACUCAGGCUGUGGGAUGAAGACAUCUGUGCAGGUCUAUGCUGUAGGAAGUACUACAGCUUGUAUUUAACCACCUACUGGGAAGCCCUUCUCUCUAGUUCCCCUUGCUCCAUUCCCGCCAGCUGCUCGUUUGGAUCACGUGAUUCAGCCUGUCAACCGGAGGAUUCUGAUUUGUGAGUUUACCCCUUAAUAAAUGACUAUUUCUCGAUUCUGAGCUAGUGUGGGAUUUCUUUUUAGCAUCCAACCGCCAUAACAGGUCUAAGGGCUGAAUCUGCAAAAAACUUAAGGAUGUUCUGGAAGGAUUCCACUGGGGUAAAGGGGGCACUGAAGUCUCAUGCUGAGGUAGUGGUAGUCAGUGUGCAGUGAGGAGGGAUACGCUCCAAACCCAAGCUCGGAACAGCCAGGUGG